CACUCCCAUGCAAACAAAACAAUCUCACGCAAAAAAGCAAACCGAAUUUUUUUUUUUUUUUUUUUAAAUGUAUCUAUAUCAUAUUGCAUGCAAUGCAAAUGCAUUUAUCGCUAGUAUCUGAUUUUUCCACCUGAAUUUCUCUUGUUUCUCCAUUUACCAAAAUCUUCAUUUAUUCCGCCUUCAAAAAAUCAUCUUUUCACAAUCCGAAAAUCUGUGUUUUCCUUGUGCUCUUUUUAUUACAGCCAUCCUACCAUCUUCAGACAUAAACGAAGAAAUUAAAAGAAAUAAAAAAAGAAGAAGAGGAAAACAUAGGAAACAGAGGAGAAAAAUGGGAAGUGAUGAGCAGUUGCUGCGAAGGAGCAACAUCAAACAUCAAAGAAAGAUUUCUGUAGCUUACCCUUUUCGAUAUAUUCUUCAAGAACAAAGAUUUGUGUGUUUGUUGAUCGGAAUCGCGAUCCCCUGUCUCGUUUUCUCCGUUAUAUCUUCAUCUUCACGGCCGCGGAAGGGGCCGAUCUCUAUCUCCGAUGAGUCUACGCGGAUUCUCAGCCAAUUUUCGUAUACUUACGAUGAUCAAAUUAGUCAUUUUAGAGCAGGUGGAAGAGUUCCUUUGGGGUUGAGAGGGAAACGUUUGAGGGUAUUGGUGACGGGUGGGGCCGGUUUCGUAGGGAGCCAUUUGGUGGACCGUUUGGUUGCUCGUGGUGAUAGUGUGAUCGUCGUUGAUAACUUCUUCACGGGGCGAAAGGAGAACCUCCUGCACCAUUUCAGAAAUCCGAGGAUGGAGCUCAUCCGGCAUGAUGUAGUCGAGCCUAUCUUGCUCGAGGUGGAUCAGAUCUACCACUUGGCCUGCCCUGCAUCUCCUGUACAUUACAAGUACAACCCUGUCAAGACAAUCAAGACGAAUGUGAUGGGAACGUUGAACAUGCUCGGGCUGGCUAAGAGGGUUGGAGCGCGUUUUCUGCUGACGAGCACAAGUGAAGUCUAUGGUGACCCGUUGGAGCAUCCACAGUCCGAGGCCUAUUGGGGCAACGUCAAUCCCAUUGGUGUUAGGAGUUGUUACGAUGAGGGAAAGAGAACGGCUGAGACCUUGACCAUGGAUUAUCACAGGGGACUUAAUCUUGAGGUAAGAAUUGCUCGAAUUUUCAAUACUUAUGGACCGCGUAUGUGCAUUGAUGAUGGUCGUGUUGUUAGCAACUUUGUAGCUCAGGCUUUGAGGAAGGAGUCUUUGACAGUAUAUGGAGAUGGAAAGCAAACUAGGAGCUUCCAAUAUGUUUCUGAUCUGGUGGAAGGGUUGAUGAGGCUAAUGGAAGGCGACCACGUGGGGCCCUUCAAUCUGGGGAACCCCGGUGAAUUCACCAUGCUUGAACUAGCUAAGGUAGUGCAAGACACAAUAGAUCCAAAUGCAAAGAUAGAGUUCAGACCAAACACUGAGGAUGAUCCACACAAGAGGAAACCGGACAUCUCGAGGGCGAAGGAGCUCCUCGGAUGGGAGCCGACUGUGUCACUGAGAGACGGGCUUCCUCGUAUGGUCAGUGACUUCAGACAACGCAUCUAUGGCGAUGACAAGGAGAUCCUAGGCGCCUCUAGUGCUUAAAAACUGUUUGUAAGCCAAACUCAUGUUAUGUACUAGCUUGCUCAACAAUAAUAUAUCUUAUGCAGAAACAGAAGGGAGGGAAAGAACACACAAAAAAUUGUGAGAAUGAGGGAUAUAGUUUCAACUAUACUAUAUAUGAAAAUGGUGUUAAUUUCA